CAUCCUCCCAUUUCCGGCACGAGCCACCUCCGCCGUCGCCGCCUUCUCCCGCGCUCAUCUCCAGCCAGCGUCCCGCGCGUACGCCCGUCGUCGUCUCUCUCCCUCUUCCUGCAGAUUCUCCCAGAAACGGGAGAGGCGAUCGAGCGAUGGGUCUGCAUGCCCGCGUGGCGCUGUUCGCCGCCGUGCUCGCCGUCGGCCUCUCCGCCGCCACCGCCGGGUUUAUCUCAAAUGAGGCGGUGGGACACGGCGGCGGCGGAGGAGGAGGGGGAAGGAGCUUGCUGCAGGCGAAGAAGGAGUGCCCGGUGAACUUCGAGGAGGCGAACUACACGGUGAUCACGAGCCGGUGCAAGGGCCCGCUGUACCCGCCGUCGCUGUGCUGCGAGGCGCUCAAGGACUUCGCGUGCCCCUACACCACCUACAUCAACGACGUCCAGACCAGCUGCGCCGCCACCAUGUUCAGCUACAUCAACCUCUACGGCAAGUACCCUCCGGGCCUCUUCGCCAACACCUGCAAGGAGGGCCCCCACGGCCUCGCCUGCCCCGAGGACACCCCCCAGGUCAAGCCCGGCGAGGAGAAGGCCGACGCCGCCUCCUCCGCCGCCACCAUCGCCGCCGCCGCCGGCGUCACCGCCGUGUCCGCCUUCUUGAUGCUCGUCGCCAUGUCCUGAUCGGCCCGUCAUAUGUGUAUGAUCUCGAUCAAAUUAAUUAAUUAACAUGUUCUUUCAGCUCUCGAAAUGUGGAUGGUAAUCAAAUUCAGGCUGGAGAUUUUUCCUGCGAUCUAAAUGCAUGUUUAUCGAUGCUAGAGAGAAAUACGAACGUUGACAUGGAAGCUGGGAUGUUGGAUUUGAAAUCCAUUUCCAAUUUUGAUUUAAUUCAUAUAAGAAACAAUCAUGCAAUUUUUUGUAUGGUGCAUGUGUGGCCUUGUAUAUAAAGCAGAGAAGAUGCAACUACGAACGUUAUUAUGAAGAUAUAUUCUUCCAAGGCCAUAUAAUGCAUAGG